AUGAAAGCGUACCCGGGAGCAUGUACUGUCAUCAUUGCCGUUGUCAUGGUAGCAGCAGUAUCAGCAGACUACAGCUCAGGCCUGACACUAGAGAAAAAUGAAUGUCAGUUCGGUCUACAAAAUUGCACCGCCAAGUAUGACAAACUGGAGAUGAGCGAGGCAGAGCUGAAGGUUUACUACGAUUGUGUCUCGAGAGUAAAGUGUAUCAGAAAUCAUAGGGGUUUUCAAGAUCGACUGGUACUUUUAUCUAGCAUCCGUGACAGGCUUGUUGCAGAAAACCCUGACAGUGGCAAUUGGUGGGGAAACAGUGCAUGCAAGCUAGACAGACAGCUACUGAUGUCAGUCAUUGCUCUAACAACAGUUAUGAUAUUCUGCCAUAUAAUUAAUUGA